GCCUCUGCGGCGAUACGUGAUUCUGUGUUUCAAGAGUCAGACGUGUGAUAUCUGCUAAGUUUCAGGCAAAGCCUCAGAAGGUUCCGUCAUGGACACCAGGUCGGUGGCAUUCGCACUGCUAUGCACAGUGCUCACGGUCUACGCUCAGCCGUACGACGGGGGCAUCAUCCGUUCACCCGGAGACUUUUACGAGGAUCGCCCAGGUGGACUGAAUCGUGGAGGCGGUCUCGAAAGGGAGUUCGCCGGUGGCCUCGAAAGGGAGUCAGUUGGUGGCUACGGAGGCGGGUAUCGAAACCGGGGCCCUCAAAGGUUUCCAGUGUACGCAUCUGAAAGCUAUCCCGCUAGAAGGCCGGGAAGGCUGCCAAAUCGGGAGGUCUACCCCGGAGGCUUGCCAGGAGGAACCAGCCCGACACUUUGCGGAGGUCACAUAUGCCCCGUCGGAAGCCGGUGUGUGUCACUACGGAGCAAUUGUGUGAGGAAACCAUGCCAUCCUACCAAGAUAUGUGUUUCCUAGGUCACAUACGAUUCAACGGGCCAGACAAAUAACAGCCACAUCUCCAGAAAAAAUAUGAAGAAAGUUAUGUCUCACCUUUAUUAACCGGAAAUAAACUAGUAUAAUACAAUGCAGCA